CUUCAUUUCGUACUAAAGCGGAACUGCCCAUCUACACUCACUGUGACGAAGCACUCUACGGGAAUCCCCUUAGUUUCACUUCCAUUUUAGCUUAUUAUAUAAAAUGAUUCACUUCUUUUCUGGAUCAUCAUCUUCGUUGCUGUAGUUCUACAAAUAUGUUUUUUCAACUCGUCUGCAUUCUAGCUGCCUACGUGCAAGGUGGGCUUACAGAGGAUAGGCCUACACAAGAGGUGAAGUCAGUUUGUGGAGAGGACUCAAUUCUGAAAUGUAAAGCAAUACGUAAGCCUGGGGUCCAGUACCGGGCGGUGAGGUGGUACAAGCUGGGUGAGGAGCCCUAUAAUAAGGAUUCUGGUCUAUUGAUGAAGAGGCUAUCACCUAACAGCACCACCCAAUGGUAUGCCGGUCUGGAGCGUGAAGUGGAACUUUUGGCUGACGAUUCUUUCGAUAUCUCCCUGCCCAAUGUAACGGCUGUUGAUAGUGGGAGGUACAAGUGUCUCCUGGCAGCACCUAUAGGUGAACAGAACCAGCAGGGGCAGGUUCACCUCAGAGUGACAGGUUGCCUUGAGUCCACAUACCAAUCAGAAGAAAUGGAUACCAUUCUAGUUCUUUCCAUUGUGGGGAUUGUUGCGGCAUUGCUGAUAUUCACCAUCAGCUAUGUCAUCCUAAGGAAUAUGUUAUUGCAAAGGAGUAAGAAGUAUCCCCAAGAACCACUUCUAGAUGCACCCCUUGAGAAGAAAGAUUUAAUGUUGAUCUACACUCUGGGGCCAAACUGGUCAGGACAGGGUUCCAUAAAACAUGUCUGUGUGUGAGACCCUGUUCUGCUAGUUUGGGCUCAUUGUAUACUUGAAUGUGAAGAGGAAACACAGUGAAAGACUAGAGCCCAUUUGAAGCUGAGCAAGGAGCCUAAGAGUCAUGUCUACUUUCCAGAGAGUUCUAGAGCAGAUGGAGGCAGACAACCCUCUGGACAAUCCUGUAGAACUAAGUUGUGUAGGCAUGACUGCAGCAUUCAAGCACCUGUGAUGCGCAAGGAGAAGGGCCUGGUGAAGGGACCCCACGAUCUAAGCCCCAAGAUCAAACCCCAACAAGGAGCUUCAGGAAAGGGAGAAUAAGUAAUUAAUGAUAAGGGGUGUGGGGUUCUGAGAAUAUUAAAUAUACUUAUUCAUGUCACUGAGGGAGAGAGGGUAAUGUAUAGCAUUUACAUUAUAUCAGGGAUCCUAUGGUUAUCUGUAGGAGGAAGGUACAUUGACAUUUGAGUCAUUUAGCAGAUGCUCUUAUCCAGAGCGACUUACAGUAGUGAAUGCAUACAUUUCAUACAUUUUGUCUCCAUACUGGUCCCCCGUGGGAAUCGAACCCACAACCCUGGCGUUGCAAACACCAUGCUCUACCAACUGAGCCACACGGGACCGAGGUAUAUAGUGUGUGCAAUUAAGCUUGGAAUGUGCUGAGUGCAGGGAAGCGAUCACAUAUGGCAGGCAUUGAUAAGGGAGAGAGCCAUGGAUUAGUGAUGAAGGGGGUCGAGGUCAGGUCACGUUAAGGGAGAAAGAAAAGUUUAUGGCCGUAUUACUUUGUUUCCUGCCUAGCAGUAAAGAUACAAUCAGAUGGGUAGGAGGAGACUCAGCCUAAGAGAACGGGUUAAAUAUCAGUGCUUGUGUGAAAAUCUUUUUGUCUAAUGCAGCUGUAUUGAUCCUCUGGGAAGAAUAAACUUGGUACAGCUUU